AGGCUUAUCAUUUUUAUCAGACUUAUCGUGUUUAUCAUUUCAGGUAGAUCGAAACCCUUCCAUUCAUAGACAGUGGCCAUGGAUGCCAUAAAACAUGACAAACUGGUAGUUGCUGCCAUAGAUUUUGGGACAACAUAUUCUGGGUUUGCCUAUUGUACCAGACAUGACUAUGAGGACUAUCUCACAAAUAAAAGGGAUCAACCAAAAAUUCAGUGUCCGACAUGGAAGGCUGGUGGGUGGAUGAACUACAAAGCCCCAACAUGUGUGCUGUUUAAACCAAAUUUGUCAUUCCAUAGCUUUGGAUAUGAUGCUCAAUCUUUUUACCAAGAAAAUCCUGACAAAGUUGAUUUUUCUCAGUGGUAUUAUUUUGAACACUUUAAGAUGAUGCUGUACAAAGAGAAGGAUGAAUUAACCAAAGAUACAUGGCUGAAGGAAUCCAUUGAUGUAAAUGAUGGUGACAAGAAGAUGAGAGCAGUUGAUGUGUUUGCAGCUGUUAUUGGUUAUUUCCAGGGAUUAAUUAUGAAUGAAUUACUUAAGGGUCAUGGCGCCAAGGCUUUCUCAAAUGAUGACAUUCACUGGGUGCUUACUGUUCCAGCUAUCUGGGAUCUGAAGGCAAAACAGUUCAUGCGAGAUGCUGCUGAAAAGGUAAACAUUUCCAAUGAUCAGUUGACCUUGGCACUGGAACCUGAAGCUGCAUCUAUACAUUGCAGACGACAGCCUGUUGGCAUACAAACACAGACAGAUGGUAAAAAAGCCAUUGCCGGAAUGCAAAAAGGUGACAAAUACGUAGUCUUUGAUCAAGGAGGUGGAACAACAGACAUUACUGUUCAUGAAGUUACAGGACCAAAUUCCGUUAAAGAGAUACAUCAAGCAUGUGGGGGACAUUGGGGUGGAAUCACAGUCAACGGAGAGUUUUACAAGUUCUUAGUUCGAUUGCUAGGUGGAGAUGUCAUAAACGCUGUUAAAGAGAAUCACCCGGUAGAAUAUUAUGAACUUAUGCAUAAUUUUGAGCAUGCCAAAACCAAUUUUACGGAAGACACUAAAAAAGUCACAGUGAGACUUCCACUUGUUUGGCUCACCAAAUAUGAAGAAAUUACUGAGGAUACAUUAAAGGAUGUUAUACCCCAAACAAACUUCAAUAAAAAGAUCAAAAUUGUAUCAGACAAACUCAGGAUCGAUCACUCACUGUUCCGAACUUUCUUUGAUUAUUCAAUUGUGAAUGUUACUGAUGAACUCGAAAGACUUUUCCGCAAAGAAGAACUUUCAGAUGUGCAGACAUUAUUGGCAGUUGGGGGAUUUUCUGAAUCUUCUGUUUUGAUAGAUGCUAUUAAAGAAAAACUUGGACCUGAAAUAGAUGUUAUUGUUCCAAGAGACCCUGGACUAGCUGUUCUGAAAGGAGCUGUAUUGUAUGGAUUUGAACCAGAAAUAAUUACCUCACGAGUUUCUAGAUAUACAUACGGAGUAGCAAUGCAAAGAAACUAUAUAGAUGGGGUUGAUGAUGUAUCUAAGCGUCCUAGCCAUGGCAAACUGAUAGAUGAUAUUUUCGAUAUUCAUGUGACAAAAGGACAAGUGGUAGAAAUUGGAAAUUUUGAACCAGAACACACUUACUACCCUGUUGUAGACGAACACAAAUGUGUUCAUUUUGAAUUCUUUGCAACAGAGGUAACAGACCCAAAAUACACAACUGAAUCUGAAUGUAAAAUGAUAGGGGUAUUAAGAAUUGACCUUGCAAAAAAGCUAUCUAAAGAUGGGGGAAUUUCAUUGAAAAUUAAUGCUAGUGGCACUGAAAUUGUAGCAGUUGCAAACGAAAAACCUUCCAAACAUGAAUACAGAGCUUAUUUUAGUUUAUUUUGAUACUUAUAAAGAUAUUGGCUUUUUAGCUCACCUGGCCCAAAGGGCCAAGUGAGCUUUUCUCAUCACUUGGCGUCCGGCGUCGUCCGUCGUGGUCGUCCGGCGUUAACUUUUACAAAAAUCUUCUCCUCUGAAACUACUAGGCCAAAUUUAACCAAACUUGGCCACAAUCAUCAUUGGGGUAUCUAGUUUAAAAAGUGUGUCCGGUGACCCCGCCAACUAACCAAGAUGGCCACCAUGGCUAUAAAUAGAACAUAGGGGUAAAAUGCAGUUUUUGGCUUAUAACUCAAAAACCAAAGCAUUUAGGGCAAAUCUGACAUGGGGGUAAUAUUGUUAAUCAGGUUAAGAUCUAUCUGCCCUGAAAUUUUCAGAUGAAUCUGACAUUCCUUUGUUAGGUUGCUGCCCCUGAAUUGGUAAUUUUAAGGAAAUUUUGUUGUUUUUGGUUAUUAUCUUGAAUAUUAUUUUAGAUAGAGAUAAACUGUAAAAAGCAAUAAUGUUCAGCAAAGUAAGAUCUACAAAUAAGUCAACAUGACCAAAAUGGUCAGUUGACCCGUUUAGGAGUUGUUGCCCUUUAUAGUCAAUUUUUAACCAUUUUUCGUAAAUUAAAGUAAUCUUUUACAAAAAUCUUCUCCUCUGAAACUACUGGGCCAAAUUAAUCCAAACUUGGCCACAAUCAUCUUUGGGGUAUCUAGUUUAAAAAAUGUGUGGCGUGACCUGGUCAACCAACCAAGAUGGCCGCCACCGCUAAAAAUAGAACAUAGGGGUAAAAUGCAGUUUUUGGCUUAUAACUCAAAAACCAAUGCAUUUUGAGGAAAUAUGACAUGGAUAAAAAUGUUUAUCAGGUCAAGAUCUAUCUGCCCUGAAAUUUUCAGAUGAAUUGGACAAUCGGUUGUUGGCCUGCUGCCCUCCAAUUGGUAAUUUUUAAAGAAAUUUUGCCGUUUUUGGUUAUUAUCUUGAAUACUAUUAUAGAUAGAGAUAAACUGUAAACAGCAAUAAUGUUCAGCAAAGUAAGAUCUACAAAUAAGUCAACAUGACCUAAAUGGUCAAUUGACCCCUUAAGGCGUUAUUGCCCUUUAUAGUCAAUUUUUAACAAUUUUCAUUAAUUCGGUAAAUUUAUGUAAAUUUUUACCAAAUAUUUUUCUCUGUUACUAAUGGGCAAGGUUCAUUAUAGAUAUAAUUGUAAGAAGCAAGAACGUUCAGUAAAGUAAGAACUUCAAACACAUCACCAUCACCAAAAUACAAUUUUGUCAUGAAUCCAUUUGUGUCCUUUGUUUAAUAUGCACAUAGACCAAGGUGAGCGACACAGGCUCUUUAGAGCCUCUAGUUUAUAUUCAUUGGUCAGUACUGCAUUUGAUAAUUUUUAAACAUGUACAUUUUCUUCUUCAUGUAGUCAUGGUUAUAUUUUUUGAAGGUUACUAUUUUAGGGUAUGACCAAUUUUCCCUGAUAUUUAUUUCAAUAAAGGAUUUAGAAUCAAAGUUUCUGAAACCCACUGGAAAGUUUAUAUGAAUAACAUGAAUAAGCCAGGUAGAACAUAUUUUAUAUUUUUCAUAAUUUCACAUAAGUCCAUCAAAUCAAAAUGCAAUAAUUGUUAUACCUCACAGUCAUCACUGUUGAAGAUACUUCACUAAUUUUACAUCUUAUUGAAGAUGAUUUGUAUUUAAGAUAUUUUUUCUAAUAUGAAUUACUUUUUUCUCCUAUGCUGUGGCUAUUUAUCUUUUCCCAUGUGGAGUGAUAUUUUUUUAUAUAACACUGAUAAUAGUGUCAUAUGAAUUAAUGAUAUGGAUAUUGUGUUGAUUUUGUUUUUCUAUCCUGCAAUGCCAAAGAUUGAAAACAUCAGAUUUCAGAUAUAUUUGCUAAGCAUGUCCAUAUAAAGUUUUAGGUAAUUCCUCAAAUGUGCCAAUCUACCAAUUCUGCUGAAGCCGUCUUUCGGCAUUGAUGUUUUGUUAAUGUUUUUAGAAAUACAUGUAUGUCAUUGUGAUUAAACAUAUAUUUGAUUUA